AUGGAUUAUUGCACGAGCUUGCCUGCAUGUAACCAGCGCAUGAGCCUUUCAAGCGUGCAUGCGUCACAAAUCACGCCAGCGGCACCAAGAAAGUACGAAACGGGCUUGGCUUACCCAUGCUCGUUCCCUCCGGGGCUGCGCAGCAUCAUCAUCUCCUCACUCGCUUAUGUUAACUGCAUUUGUGAACAAGACCAAACUGGUGUGUAUGCCGCAUCUCAUUUAAUCGACAAACCCAUUGGGCCAUUCUCGGCGACUCGCGGUCUUCGACAACAGGGUGUUUUACUCCAUGCUUACGACAACGCAGCCUGCAAGGAGACGUAG